CCCAAUCCCAAUUUCUCCAUCCUUGAUCACUACCGCCAUCUAAUCUACAAAGACCUACACCGCCAUGAAACCCUAUUACGCCGCCGCAAAGCUUGUGAAGAUAAUGCCACCAUUUUAUCCUCCGUCUCAAUGCCGUUAUCCUCCGGCGCCUACGCCCACAACGGCGAGUAUUUCGUCAAGAUCCACGUCGGCACGCCGCCGCAAAAGUUCCUAUUAGUUGCCGACACCGGCAGUGAGCUUCUCUGGAUGAAUUGCCGCCGGAGCCAGCGAUGUCGGCGCUGCGCCAAUGCCACCGGCAAGAAACGUGCUUUCCACUCCGAUUCAUCAUCGAGCUUUCAGCCGAUCUCCUGCUCGUCGGACCUUUGCAAAACAACACUACCUUUCUCUUUGACCACUUGUCCCAGAUCGGACAGUCCUUGCCUCUAUGAUUACUCGUAUGAUGAUGGAUCAACGGCACAGGGGAUAUACGCGAGAGAAACUGCCACAGUGAUGCAAUCCAACGGUCGGCUUGAGAAGUUAGAGAACCUCGUGAUCGGGUGCACGUCAUCUACCUCGGGAUCGAGUUUUCAGGGAUCGGACGGUGUUCUCGGGCUCGGUUAUAGCCCAAUCUCUUUUGCGGUUCGAACAGCCAACCGGUUCAGUGGCCGGUUCUCUUAUUGCCUUGUGGACCAUCUUAGUUCAAGAAACAGGUCCAACUAUCUCGUUUUCGGUCCGAACCGGUCAGUCCGGUCCAAAUUAGCCCGGUCCACGCCACUAGUGAUCAGUGAGCAAACCCAACCGUUAUAUCAGGUUCAAGUCCUGGGGAUCUCGAUUGACGGUCAGGAUUUGAGGAUAUCAAAGGCAGUGUGGGAUGUGAACGGUGAUGGGGGCACCAUUGUUGACUCAGGCACGAGCCUAACUUUUUUGGUUGAGCCAGCUUAUAAAGCCGUGACAGCAGCGUUGAACCGGCCGCUCGAACCGGUUCCAAGGGUUCAGAUAGACCCAUUCGAGUAUUGUUAUAAUUGGACCAGUUUAAAGGCAUUAGAGAUUGAAAAAAAUGGCAUGCCAAAAAUGGUGGUGCAUUUGAAUAACUCAGCACGGUUUGAACCUCCAGUUAAAAGUUAUGUGAUUGAUGUGGCACCAGGAGUUAAAUGUCUUGGUUUUCAAUCAGUUAAAUGGCCCGGCCAAUCUACACUUGGGAAUAUUAUUCAACAAGAGCAUUUUUGGGAGUUUGAUAUUCGGAAUCUACGGCUGCGAUUUCAACGAUCAAGAUGUUUGAUUAAACGUUAAAAUUGGUUUAAAAAAAAAAAUUGGGUUGAAGGUGUUGUUUCUUUUGUUUUGGAUUUUUUUAAUUGUGAAGUGAACUGUUUGUGAUGUAAAGUUUAUUAUUAUUUUUUUAUUUUUUUUAUUUUUAUUUUUGGGGAGGUUUGUGAAUGAUUUAGAGGGUAGGACCGAAUUUUAGGGCUCAAGGGAAGGAUACAAAGAGGUUGAGCCAAUGAAAAGAAUGGGACUUGGGAGUGUAUUUGUCAAUUUGAUGCAUUAUUGAUAACUUAAAUUGAUUUGUCAUAACUUUAUAGGGUUUUGAUUGGAGAGAGAAUAUUAUUACUUUUC